AUGGCUUUCCCUGCUUCCUAUAUCCCACCGAUCUUACAGCCACUCAUGGAUCCCCUUUACGAUCACGCCCCGUGGCUCGGUGUCGCGUUGGUCUCGUUCGGCGCGGUGUACCUGGGCUAUCUGUUCGUCCUGGGCAGGAGAGAGGCCCCGGUGGCGUUCAAUGUGCCAAUUCCCCCGGAAGCCCGCCAGAAUGCGACGAUUCGGAAAUGGGAAGAUGUUCAGGGUGAGGAGAAAAAGGUGCUGGAGGGCCAGGCACGUGGGCAAUGGAACGACAAGCUCAUCAUGAGCUACUGCCCCGCCGAUGGACGAGUGCUAGGAUCCGGAAUCAGACCCGCAACCCCUGAAGACGUCGACCGAGCUGUCCAAGCCGCCAAAACCGCCCAGAUCGAGUGGUCCAAGACAACCUUUGCGGAGAGAAGAAAGGUCCUGAAGACAUUGCUGAAAUACGUACUGGAACACCAGGACGAGCUCGCCGCCGUCUGCUGCUUGGACUCGGGAAAGACAAAAGUGGAUGCAUCCUUUGGCGAAAUCCUCGUCACCGCAGAGAAACUGAAAUGGACCAUUGACCACGGCGAGAAGGCCCUGGCCCCCGAAACUCGGCCGACCAACUUCCUCAUGAUGUACAAGAAGAACAUGGUGACCUACGAACCCCUCGGCGUCGUCUCCGCCUGCGUCUCCUGGAACUACCCCUUCCACAACUUCAUCGGUCCUGUGAUCAGCGCCAUUUUCGCAGGCAACGGCAUUGUCGUGAAGCCCUCCGAGCAGACCGCCUGGGCGUCCGCGUUCUUCCUCGAGGUCAUUCGCGGUGCGCUGUCCAGCUGCGGCCACCCCCGCGACCUGGUCCAGAGCAUCGUGUGCCUGCCCAACGUCGCCGACGCCUUGACUUCCCACCCAGACAUUGCGCAGCUCACCUUCAUCGGAUCCCGACCCGUCGCCCACAAGGUCUGCGAAUCGGCCGCCAAGUCCCUGACCCCCGUCACCGUCGAACUGGGCGGCAAGGACCCGGCAGUCAUCCUCGACGAUCCCCGCACCAUCAGCGAAGUUGCCUCCGUCGCGUCCGUGAUGAUGCGCGCUGUCUUCCAGUCCGCCGGCCAGAACUGCAUCGGCGUGGAGCGCGUCAUCGCCCUCCCGGGCAUCUACGAUAAGCUUCUCGAACUGGUCACUCCGCGCAUCCAAAACCUCCGCCUGGGCUCCGUCCUCCUCGAUUCUGCGACCUCCGGCGCCCCAGACAUGGGUGCCUCCAUCUCCGCAACUUCCUUCGACCGCCUGGAAUCCCUCAUCGCCGACGCCGUCAAGCAAGGCGCCCGCCUCGUCUGCGGCGGCAAACGCUACCACCAUCCAAAGCACCCGCACGGCCACUACUUCACGCCGACACUCCUGGCGGACGUGACCCCGAGCAUGCGCAUCGCACAGACCGAGCUAUUCGCCCCGGUCUUUGUGCUCAUGCGCGCCGACUCGGUGCCCCACGCCAUCGCCCUCGCCAACUCCACGCAGUACGCCCUCGGCGCCAGCGUCUUCGGCUACAACCGUCGUGACGUCGCCGCCUGCGUCGCCGGCAUCCACGCCGGCAUGGUCUCUGUCAACGACUUUGGCGUCUACUACGCUGUGCAACUGCCCUUUGGCGGCGUCAAGGGCUCCGGGUACGGCCGCUUCGGUGGUGCGGAGGGCCUGCGCGGCGUGUCCAAUCUCAAGGCCGUGUGCGUCGACCGGUUCCCGAAGCUGAUGGCGACGCGCAUCCCGCCGCGGCUGGAUUAUCCCAUCUAUAAGGGCACCGGGGCCCGCCAGGACGGUACGGGGGCGUGGGAGAUGUGCAAGGGUGUCGUCGAGACGGGGUACCAGCUUACGCUGGGCGGGUGGAUCCGCGGUGUUGUGCGACUGUUGAGUAACAUGUAG